AUGGCGGCGCCCCUGCAGUCUGAGCUUGAGGCUUCCGCGCCGCCAGCGGUGGCGGUGGCAGAGGGCUUGCGCCUGCACCUCUCGAGCAGCAACAGCACCGGCUACAAGGGCGUCUACUUUCUGAGCGGCCGCUUCUAUGCUCAGCGACGGAGGCCAAGGGGGUCUCUCUCUCAGAGGCCGGACCGGCACCUCGGCUUCUUUGGCUCGGCGGUGAAGGCGGCGGUGGCGUACGCGAGGGCGGUCGACGAGGCGGAGGCGGCGGCGACAGCGGAGGCGGAGGCGACGACAGACCGAGACGAGCACCCCACCUACCAACUCCGCCGCGCAGCCGCGACGAGUACGUCCCUGGCAGCCGCCGCCGCCUCCACCUCUACCGCCACGUAUGCGCGAGGAGACCGCGUCUCGUCGGCACCGCGGCCCGGGUAUGGAAGGAAAAAGGCGUGGUUCCCCGCACGGAUCGCCGCAGUCAACGCAGACGGCACGUACGAUUUGGUCUACGAGGAUGGCGACGAGGAGGAGGGCGUCGCGGCCGAGCUCAUCCGGCCCGAGCAGGCGGCGCCGCCCGAGCAGGCGCCGCCGCCCGAGGCCGCGGAGCAGGCAGAGGGCAGGAGCCCAAAAGCGCGCAAACUGGCGCGGCCGGCCGUGCCACCGCCGACGCCGCCGACGCCGCCGCCGCAGCCGCCGCAGCCGCAGCCGCAGCCGCCGCCGCCGACCAAGGGGCUGCCAGAGCCACCACCGCCGGGGUCCGCGCCCGCAGCAGCAACCCUGCCGCCGGGCUGGAGCGUCGAGCAGCGCACAACCUCCUCGGAGCGCACGUACUCCAUCUACCACAGCCCAGCGGGGCUGCGCUCCGCCUCGCUGGCUGACGCGUGGCGCAAGCACGACGCGGAGGCCGAGGCGGAGGCGCUGACGCUAAACUGGCUGGAUCGGCUGCCGCCCCGCCGGCUCAAGCCGCUCUGCGAGGCGAGAGGGCUGCCGGCGUGCGGCAACUCGGAGGCGCUGGCGAGGCGGCUGCGCGAGAGCGGCGGUCUGAGCGUGUCGCAGCUCAAGGCGCUGUGCGAGGCGGAGGGCCUCGUCAAGCAGGGCACCAAGGCGGAGCUCGCCCGACGUUUGCUCGACAAGCAGUCUGCGGGCGCGGCGGAGCCGGCGGCGGGCAAGACCGCGACGCGCGGCAAGGGCACAAAGCGGCCGGCAGAGGCAGAGGGGCUGCGGCUGCACCUCUCCAGUAGCAACAAAACCGGCUACAGAGGCGUGUGUGAGCAUCACUCUGGCCGCUUCGUGGCGCGGCACGUGGUGGACGGGAGGUACUGCAGCCUCGGCAGCUUCGGCACGGCGGUGGAGGCGGCGGCGGCGUACGCGCGGGCGGUCGCGGAGGCGCCGGAGGAUGCAGCUGCGGAAGAGGGGGAGGAGGCAGAGGAGGAGGAGGAGGGGGAGGAGGGGGCAGAGCCGGCGCCGGUGGUCGAGGAGGCAGAGGGGCUGCGUUUGCACCUCUCCAACAGCAACAGCACCGGAUACAGAGGCGUGCGGAUGCAGAGGGGCCGCUUCAACGCGCGGCACAUGCUGGACGGAACGUGUCUGUACUUGGGCAGCUUCGGCACGGCGGUGGAGGCGGCGGUGGCGUACGCGCGGGCGGUCGGGCAGGGAGGAGCGGAGGAGGGCGAGGAGGAGGGGGAGGCAGAGGAGGAGGAGGAGGGGGAGGAGGGGGCAGAGCCGGCGUCGGUGGUCGAGGAGGCAGAGGGGCUGGGUCUGCACCUCUCGAGCAACAGCAACGCCGGCUACAGGGGAGUGUACGCACGUGCGGACGGCCGCUUCCGGGCGCAGCGCAGGGUGGGCGGAAGGGUGGUCGGCCUCGGCUGCUUCGACACGGCGGUGGAGGCGGCGGCGGCGUACGCGCGGGCGGUCGGGCAGGGAGGAGCGGAGGAGGGCGAGGAGGAGGGCGAGGGUGAGGGCGAGGGCGAGGAGGAGGGGGAGGAGGAGGAGGAGAUGAAGGAGGCCGAGGAGGGCCUCUCUUGGCUCGAGCCCCUCGGGACGCGACCCCUCAAGGCGAUGUACCCUUCCCUUGAACCUCCUCGGAACUUCCCGCAGGCGAUGGGCCUCUCCUACUACGGCUUCGCCGAAGACGCGACCGCGAUCGCCGACCUGCUCCGCGGCCGGGGCGGCCCCACCCACCCGGCGCUGCGGGAGGCUUGCCGGGCGGCGGGCUUGCGCGUGAGCGGCACGGUUGCGGAGCUGGAGGCGAGGCUGGAGGAGUCCGUCGGUCUGGGCGGCGGCGAGGGGGAGGAGGAGGAGAAGGGGUGGGAUGGCGUGGAGUGUGGCGCUGGCGGCGACGGCGGCGACGGAGGCGGCGACGGAGGCGGCCCUGGGGUGGUGAUGGGCCACACUGGCCCGAACUGGACCGAGGGCGCCAUGGAGGAGGGCGAGGGCGAGGGCGAGGGCGAGAACGAGUCGACCGACGCGCCCGCGCCGAAGCGACGCUCCAGCCGCGCCGCCGCCGUCGCACUCUCGGCAGCCUCUUCUACCACCCCUCCCGCCGCCUCCUUCUCUUCCUCCUCCGCCGCUACCGCCUCCACCGCACCCACCGCACCCACGGAAGAGGAGGAAGAGGAGGAGGAGGAGGGGGAGGUGGUGGAGGAGGCAGAGGGGCUGCGGCUGCACCUCUCCAGUAGCAACAGAACCGGCUACAGAGGCGUGUGUGAGCAUCACUCUGGCCGCUUCGUGGCGCGGCACGUGGUGGACGGGAGGUACUGCAGCCUCGGCAGCUUCGGCACGGCGGUGGAGGCGGCGGCGGCGUACGCGCGGGCGGUCGCGGAGGCGCCGGAGGAUGCAGCUGCGGAAGAGGGGGAGGAGGCAGAGGAGGGGGAGGAGCGGGAGGAGCGGGCAGAGCCGGCGCCGGUGGUCGAGGAGGCAGAGGGGCUGCGUUUGCACCUCUCCAACAGCAACAGCACCGGAUACAGAGGCGUGCGGAUGCGGAGGGGCCGUUUCAACGCGCGGCACAUGCUGGACGGAACGUGUCUGCACUUGGGCAGCUUCGGCACGGCGGUGGAGGCGGCGGUGGCGUACGCGCGGGCGGUCGGGCAGGGAGGAGCGGAGGAGGGGGAGGAGGAGGGGGAGGCAGAGGAGGAGGAGGAGGGGGAGGAGGGGGCAGAGCGGGCGUCGGCGGCCGAGCAGGCGCGGGCAGGAUUCGCCGAGGCUCCGUCAGUGGCUGCGUCAGUGGCAGAGGGGCUGCGCCUGCACCUCUCGAGCAGCAACAGCACCGGCUACAUGGGCGUGUUCAAGGUGCGCUCUGGUCGCUUUUCGGCCGAGACCGGCGGUGGCGGCAGAUUCCUACGCGCGCAUCUGGGCACCUUCGACACGGCGGUGGCGGCGGCAGUCGCCUACGCGCGGGCGGUCGGGGAGGCUCCGGCGGUGGUGGCAGAUGCGGGAGGGGUGCGGUUGCACCUGUCUAGCCGCAAUCCCACCGGCUACCGCGGUGUGACCAAGGAUUGCGGCCGCUUCCGGGUUGAGAUCAAGUUGAAUGGGAGGCGGGUCCACUUGGGCACUUUCGACACGGCGGUCGAGGCGGCGGUGGCGUUCGCGCGGGCGGGCGGGGAGGGGCUGACGCCGGCCUCACGCGGCAAGGGCACCAAGCGCCCUCGCGAGCUCGGCUGCUUUUGCGACACCGACCGCCACCUGCCGACCAACAACCUGCCGUUUGAGGGCGUGUGGAUCAGCUGCGACGCGUGCGGCCGCUGGUGCCACGGCGAGUGCGCCGGUGUGGACAAGCAGCAGGCCGAGGAGGCGGAGGAGUACAUCUGCAUGCCCUGCGCUGCCGCCGACCAGAGCGCGGGCGCGUCCUCCGAUGGCGGCUCGCCGCUCAUCGUUGCUGCCGUCGUGAGCGACGGCGACGGCUCCGACGGCGACGACUCUGCAGACGGCGCAGAGUGGGUCGACGCGGAGGUGGUCGAGAUGGCGUUCGACGGGACGAACGCCGUCGGAUCUGGCCGCAGCUCGGGCGAGCCGAGCGGCGGGUCCGACUUUUUGAUCGCGCCGGGCCGCGCCCGGCCGCCACCGCCGCCCUCCGGGUGGGUGUGGCCGCGCGAGGGGGGUGUGAUCGAGGUGGAGGUGGAGGAGGAGGAGGGGCAGCCCGCCGCGUGGCUCCGCGCGACCGUGACGGCCGUGCUGGAGGACGGUUGGUUUCAGGCGCUGGUCCGCACGCCGUCCGACGAGGCCGGAUGGCACGACUGGUUCUCGUGGCGCGAGGAGGGCACCGACUGGCGGCGCGUGCCGCCCCGCCAGGAGGCAGCGGCGGAGCCGUCAUCGUCGUCGUCGGCGGCGGCCGAGCCAGAGGCGGCCGAGCCAGAGGCGGCCGAGCCAGCGGAGCCAUCAGCGGCGAGCCAGCGAGGCGGUGCGAUCGAGGCGGCGCCUGCGGGCCCGGCGCCGUGGUCGCGGGCCGAGGAGCAGCACCUUAGCGAGGCGAUCCGCGAGUCCAUGCCCGCGAUCCAUGCGCGCUUCGCCGCAAAGGAAGGCGGCGGCACCGCCCGCUCGGCUGAGGAGCUAAUGGGUCGCUUCGUCGCGGCCGCGCGCUGGCAACGCGCAGAGGCGGCCGCGCGCUGA